AUGCGCACCAAGAGUGACUUAAAGGCGCGCUUCAAAAUGACUGACAGCGGCAAGUGCGCAUUCGUGUUGGGCAUCGAGCUGGUGGACAACGACAACGGUAGCGUGACGAUGUGCCAGCGACGCUACGUGGAAUAUGCUCUCAAGCACUUUGGCAUGAGCGACUGCAAAGACAUCACCAGCCCAACGGACAUCAGUUCUCGACUCAAACCAAGCACCGCAGCAACCACAAUCGACGCCCCGUUUCGUGAAGCAGUAGGCGCUUUGAUACACUUGAUGACCGCGACACGACCGGACAUUGCCUUUGCUGUGAGUUACGUUUCGCGCUUCAUGGAAAACCCCCAAGUCGGGAACUGGAUGGCGGUCAAGCGCAUUUUGCGAUACUUACAAGGGACUAAGUCGCACGGUAUCUGUUUCAAGUCUGAUGACAAGAUAGACUUCUGCGGCUACUCGGAUGCAGACUGGGCCGGCGACCAUGCAGACCGAAAGUCGACUUCGGGAUAUGCGUUCAUCCUGAUGGGUGCUCCAACAAUCGAAGCAGAGUACAUUGCACUAAGCCUGGCGAUUCAAGAAGGCAAGUGGGUACAUCGCCUAUUAUGCGAGAUUCUGAAUGCCGCAGAGGAAAAGUCCGGACCCGAGCUCAAGAUCAUGGAAGACAGUCAAUCUUGCAUCAAGAUGACGAGAAAUCCUGUGAACCAUGGUCGGGCCAAGCACAUCGACAUCAAGUACCACCACAUUCGCGAUGAAGUCAAGCGUGGUGAUGUCAAGUUGGAGUACUGUGAGACUACGACUAUGUUGGCGGACAUCAUGACGAAGGGACUGCCAGGACCGCGUCACAAGGAAUUGACGGCAGCGCUCGGUAUACACGCGUGUUCGCAUUGA